AUGCUGUACUUAGUUGUCGAUGCUAAUCUUUCUGAGAAUAUCAAGCGUAUCUGCCCCAAAGAUACUGAGUCUAAUCCUGCGGAAUAUACCUUUGAUCUAGUAUGUACAUCUUGUAGGGAAAAGCACGAUUCGACAGUGGUUAUAAACAGAUUUGAAAGGACUCCAUUGCCAGGGAGUAGAGGUGAAGCAUCAUUUGUUAUGAAAUGUAAAUUUUGUGGUAAAGAAGUUUCUAUCGAUUUGAAUCCGUUUGAAGAUUCCCUUUAUAACGAUGCAGUUGAAGAUAAUAAGGAAAAUAUUGAAAAAACUCAAGUUCAGAGAAAGAAGCACAAUUUACGGAAUACUCAAGGGAAGUGUUUCCUUCUGUCAUUGGAUUGUAGGGGUUGUGAAGUAACUGGGUUCUACCCCGAUAACUUGACCUUUUUAGCGGAAUUGAGCUCUGGUAAGACAAUGGAGUUUCAAUUAGAAGAUGGUGAACUAUAUGAUUACGACGAUGAUUCUGGGGAAGAAGUGACAGUUACUGAAUUCAAGUCUGAAGUUGUUAAAGGAAAGUAA